AUGGACAUUGAGGCCAUAGCUCAGGAGAGACGACCGAGGUCGCUAGCUCAAGGGUUGAGUUCGCUCCGGACAUGCCUUGUGAAGUGUAAGGACAAGGCGGUCGACCUCGGGAGGAGCAUCAAGAAGCUCGGACAAGACGACCCGAGAAGAGUGAUCCACUCGCUCAAAGUGGGGUUGGCUCUCACGCUUGUCUCCCUCAUAUACUACGUGAGGCCCUUCUACGACAGCUAUGGGAUUUCUGGAAUGUGGGCUGUGCUCACAGUCACUGUCGUCUUCGAAUUCACCGUCGGUGCUACCCUGAGCAAAGGUCUGAAUAGAGGCUUUGCAACAUUCUCAGCUGGUGCUCUAGGUGUUGGGGCACAACAUUUAGCAUGUCUUUUCGGAGAGGAAGGGGAGCCCAUUGUCCUUGGGGUCCUCGUUUUCCUACUAGCUGGAGCAGCUACAUUCACCAGAUUCUUUCCCCGGAUAAAGGCGAGGUACGACUAUGGCAUCCUGAUAUUCAUCCUCACAUUCAGCAUGGUGACCGUCUCGGGCUAUCGAGUGGAGAAGCUGCUCGAGCUAGCUCAUCAGAGGCUCUCGACCAUCAUAAUUGGAGGAGCAACCUGCAUAAUCGUGUCCAUUUUCCUUUGCCCGGUCUGGGCCGGCGAAGAUCUUCACAAGCUCACUAUCCUGCACCUGGAAAAGCUCGCCAUUUUCCUUGAAGGAUUUGGAAGUGAAUAUUUCCAAUCGGUGAAUGAAGAUAAACCUGUGAUCUCCACAGAGGAGAAGACAUUCCUUCUGGGGUAUAAGAGCAUUCUUACAUCCAAGAACAUGGAAGAAUCAUUGGCGAAUUUUGCAAGAUGGGAACCACGACAUGGGCGCUUCCAGUUCCACCACCCAUGGAAGCAGUAUUUGAAGAUUGGAGCACUCGUCCGUCAAUGUGCUUACCGAAUUGAAGCUCUCAAUGGCUACCUCAACUCUGACCUCCAAGCGCCUCCGACAUUUAAGAAGAGAAUUCAGGAACCAUGCUUGAAGAUAACUUCGGAAUCAAGCAAGGCGUUGACGAUGCUUGCCUCGGCCAUUAAACUCAUGACUGACCCUUCCCUGGCAAGUCUCCACCUGCACAACUCCGAAAUUGCCGUCGAUGACCUCAAGAUUCUGCUUAAAACCACGUCGUUGGAGGACACAGAACUGCUUUCGAUUGUCCCUGCCGCUACCGUUGCUUCCAUAUUGAUUCAAGUGGUGAAGUGUGUCGAGGAAAUCUACCAAGCCGUCAACGAGCUUUCCGACUUAGCGAAUUUCAAGAGCGCGGUGAAACCAAAGGUGUCGCCGGAGAAACCACAAGCGCAAUUGCUAAUACAUCUAGGGGUUGUGAAACCCGUCGUCAAUAUUGGUGGCAACAAGGGCGAUGUCGUAGUCACGGUGCUUGAUGAUAAAAUUCCAGAAAAUGAAAAUAAUUCUCGGGCUAAUUAUCCUGACCAACCCUUGUAAAAAUUGAUCGUCGCUAACGUGUGAACUGUGCCUCGAUUAUGGAAGUCAUGUAAAUGUCAUGUCGUCGAAGAAUGAACUCCAAAAUCUCAGCCUGAAGAGGCGAGAUGAUAA